ACGGUACAAACACCUCAACUAGCACGCCCGCAGCUGCAGCAUCAAACAGAGAGCUAACAACGGUCUCCCAUUCACGUCAAGAGAUCCGACCAAGCGUGACAACCGAGAGCAGCGAGGAAGAAGCAACCAAACUCAAAAGCAAGAUGUCGCAGCUGAUGAACAAGGCCAAGGGGUUCGUGGCGGAGAAGGUGGAGCGGGUGCAGAAGCCGGAGGCGGACCUCUCGGACCUGUCCGUGCGCCACGUGGGCCGCGACGGGGCCACGCUGUCGGGCCGCCUCGACGUGCGCAACCCGUACAUCCACUCCAUCCCGAUCUGCGAGAUCAGCUACUCGCUCAAGAGCGCGGGCCGGGAGGUGGCCUCCGGGACGGUGCCCGACCCGGGCUCGCUGGCGGGCGGCGGCGCCACCACCAGCCUCGACGUGCCCGUCAAGCUGCCGUAUGAUUUCCUGGUGAGCCUCGUGAAGGACGCCGGGAGGGACUGGGACCUCGACUACGAGAUGCGGGUCGGGCUCACCGUGGAUCUCCCCGUCGUGGGGAGCUUCACGCUGCCGCUCACCAAGGCCGGCGAGCUCAAGCUGCCCACGCUCUCCGACAUCUUCUGAGCGUGUGCUUGUAGCCUUGUACCUUGUACUGUAACGUGCGUGAGAGCUUGGAAGAUGAUGGGUCCCCAUAUCUUCUUUUUUUUUUUCCUCUCAAGAUCGUCGCAUGUAAAUCUACCAAGUGUAUCGUCUCUGCACUGUUGCGUCAAUAAAAUAAGCACGGGUUUACCACCACGUCCUUCCAAGCUGUUAAGUUUCUUACAUCCAGUUUCGGAACUUAAUUGACACAAAUGGAGACGAGCAUGCAGUCGUCCUGCACUCAGCAAGAGCAUAAAUGGUGGCCAGCAGCAUGUUAGUUCACUGAAGCAAACUUAAUUGUGGUGCAAACUGCAAUUCACUCAUAAUUUGUAUGUAAAUGUAGUGUACAUCCAAACAUUUGUGGAAAUAUAACUUGUACA